AUGAACAAGAAACUGAAUCGUGAUUUGUUGGACAGAGCUAUCAGCAGAAAGCAGCGAGAUGAGGGAACAGAGCUGAAUUCAGUGGGAGGAAAUGAUGCGUUAAACAGGAAGGAUUUGUUCUACUGUACCGUUCGCAAUAUCCCCUCUCACUUAAAAUCAAAGGAUUUGAGGCGAUCUGAGUUUAUCCGGCAUUAUCAUGGUCAGCAUUGGAUAAACAAUGAGGGAAUGGAAAUUCCACGUCGAUGCUUUGCCAGCGCAGUGAAAGUUGCAAAGAGUUCUGAAGAUUCAUCCGAUUAUAUUAACGAUGCGGAUUUGAGGCAAAUGAUUGAGCUUCGCCCUCCAUCACUGAUGCCUCGCGGCAACGUGGGAACACCUUCCGAAUAUUUCUUAGAACAGAUACGAUUAUGUCGUCUACCUCCCUCUCUUAUUCCAAAACUCGGCAUCGAAGUAACUCGACGACGAAGGAAGUACGAUUCAGUUCCUUUCCACUAUUCUUCGGAGAGGUCAGGUGGAAGCGAGCAAGAGGCAACUGAUAUUGUUGAACAUCCCAGUGGUGCCCGUGACUUGCUGGGGAGGAACAUCAAGAGAAAGGAGCUAGCGGAUGAAGAACAAUCGAUUCGUGAUCAGGCGACUGUGUCAGAUCCGACCGACGGAACUCCCUCAGCCGAUUCUGUGCAGCACCGUACUGCUGGGUCAGAGGGCGAUGAUGACGAUGAUGAUCAAUGCGACGAAUGGGAAAGACACGAGGCUCUCUAUGAUGAUGUUACGGAACAAGAUCGGACAAAGCCGCGAAAGUAUGAAGAAGAAAUGGAGAUCGUUUGGGAAAAAGGAGGCCCAGGCUUAGUUUGGUACACCGACAAGAACUACUGGGAUAAGCGAGAAAAAGGAAGCGACUGUGAUUGGGCUUGGGCAGAUGAUUGGGACGUUGAUUAUUCGGUGUACUACGAAGGUAAAUCGACGGGUACAAGGGAUGCUCGCGAUGCUGUAGAAAUGAGGGAAGACGAAGAACGGAGGACUGGAAAAUUGAUCGAAUCCGUUUUUACAAAGAAAAGCAAGGCACCGCGUGCUUCACGAAAGCGGCGGAACAGCGACUCGGACGUCAUCAACAUUGAGCAGUAUUCCAAAGGAAUUGGAAGCAAGCUCCUGGGAAUCAUGGGUUGGAAACCAGGGUCUGGAUUAGGACGGUUGCAACAGGGUCGAGUGCAUCCUGUCGCAAUUCAGCUGGAAGAGGACAGUCAAAGCGGUUUUGAAAAGAAAGGUUUUGGAUACCAUGGAGAACGGAUGCAGCGUACUGGAUUUAUGACAGUCAAAAAACCUCAUUCAAUAGCAUCAAGGUUUGAUGCCAUAACUGAUGCGGUCCCAACGCCUCAUAAGAGACUCGGUAACGUUGCUACUGGAGAUGUGUUGUUCCGAAGAGCCGAACCUACUAUUAUGAAGUAUAGACCAAUCGUUAAGGAAGUCAAUAAAUGA